AUGGAGCAGCAGUCGCUGCUUGCCAAUGCUUCGGGAUACGGCAGCGUAUCGGAGCCCCAAUCGCAUCGAGCUAAAGCUGCGUCGCACUCUGACAAACUCGGAAUCUUUGGAACUGCGCGCGACAUUGAGCGCUUGAGUCGUCACUUGGACAAUGGGAACCUUGGUGCUGCUAUUGACAGCUUCAUGGCGCUCGUCUCGGUCAUCUUUGCUGGCACAUACGUCGCCAACACGUACAUUCCUUAUAACAGUAUGCCCCAUUCGAUUUGGGUCGUCGAGUUGAUCUGCGCAUCGUUAUUCACCGUUGACUUUGUCUUCCGGGGACUUUAUCGUGCUGCAAGUCGACGCCAGGAAUAUCUGCUGUCGCUCACAACACUUGUCUACCUUGUGAACAUUUUGCCGGUGCUUCCGGCCUCCUUCUUCAUCCGCUACCACACUUUCUGGUACGGCGAGUCAUGGUGGCGUUUUGUCUACCCCGUGCGCUUUGCCAUGUGUUACUUUACUGGCAAAGCAGUGCUAAGCCGUUGCCAUGCGUGCUUGACUCCGGUGCGUCAGUUUGCAUUCUUGUGCUAUCUGCAGAUUGCAUGCAUUUUGCUGGGUGCUGCUGGCAUCAUUCAGAUCGCCGAGACAAUGGAUGGCAUGCUCUCCGUCAAGAACCUCGGCGAGUGGACCUUCUUUAACUCGUUUUUCAACUCCGUGAUGACAUUCGUGACAAUCGACAAACCGCCAUCCGACAACAAUCUGUCCAAGGUCUUGUAG